UUUGGACUCUCUUCUCGUUCUUCUUCCUCCGGAAAUAUUUGGAAAAAACCGAGAUCGUGAUUUAGCUGCUAAAACCCUAAUUUCAUCGAUCUGCUCAAUUGUUCUAUCGAAUCCUUGUUUCCACAACUUCAAGUCAACAUGAGUAGCAGGCCAAUGGAAGAGGAUACCAACCAGGGGAAGACCGAAGAGGAGGAAUUCAACACAGGACCCCUUUCUGUUCUUAUGAUGAGUGUUAAGAACAACACUCAGGUGUUGAUCAAUUGUCGCAACAACAGGAAACUCCUUGGCCGUGUUAGGGCUUUCGACAGGCACUGCAACAUGGUCCUCGAGAAUGUCAGAGAAAUGUGGACUGAGGUACCAAAAACUGGAAAAGGAAAGAAGAAAGCUCUUCCCGUCAACAGAGAUCGCUUCAUCAGCAAGAUGUUUCUCCGUGGUGACUCUGUCAUAAUCGUCCUCAGGAAUCCCAAGUAAGAGAGACAUUAUAAGAGAUGUAUCAUGUAUCUGCUCCUAGUUGUUUCUUCAUAUGAUAACCUCUUGCUUCUUAAUUGUUGCAUCAACCAAGAUACAUCUUUGAUCAUGAGUCUUAAGAUCUAGCGUUGCCUUUUAUUUUUCA